UUGUUCAGAUUUUCAAUUCUCUUGCAGAAAACACUUUGAUCUUAGCUCUGUUUCAGAUGCAGAAGAAAACAGAAGUAGUAAGGAAAUGAGUGCAAAAAAAACUAAAACCUGUUCAAUAACAGGAUGUCCUGGAAAUCUUCAAUUGGAAGGAAGACAUGUAUUUAGAUUUCCAAAAGAACAUGACAGAUGGUUGCAAUGGGUACAAGCAAGUGGAAGACUAGAUUUAAAAGAAAAAGGACUUGAAUAUUCGUAUAGAAAUUGCCGAUUAUGCUCUUUGCAUUUUGAGGAGAAAUGGUUUAGGAUUAAUAAAAGAAGAAUUCUUCUUCAUCCUGAUGCCAUACCCACAAGAUUUAGAGAAGAUUUAGCAUCAUGUUUUAAAACAAUUGAAAUAGAAAUGGAUGCAGAAGCAGAAAAGGACACAAUAACGGAAGAUAUACAAGAGCAAGCAAAUUCUGUUAUAGAAAAAGAAAAAGGAAACAACAUAGAAGAGGAAAUUGAAAUGGAUACUGACAACAUAGAAGAGGAAAUUACAAUGGAUGUUGAAAUUAUGAAACCAAGCACAUCCAGUAUACCUGUCAAAACAAUGAUAUCGAAAGCAACGAUGACAUCCAAGAAAAAGGACAGCCCUACAAAGAAACGGUUGUGCAAAACCAUAGAGAAAAUGAGAUUAAAAAACAAAGAUCUCCAGCAAAAACUGCGAUGUCUUCGAAAGAAAGUGGAAAAAAGUAUCACCACUAAAGAAUCACCAUAUGGAGAAGAUAAGAUUUGUCAUAUCAUUGGUGGGACUGUGGGGAAACAAAAUAAAAGCUGAAUAGUCAUUUUUGCCAAAGUGUAAGUAGAUAUAUAUUAACGAUUUAGGUAUAUUGAGCGUCCAUAUUAAUUUAUGCUUUACAUGUAACAUACGUUAAGUUUAUUAUACUGUAAUGAUUGUAAAACUUUAAAUUUUUAUAUUAUUUAAACUAAAUGUGUUACUUUUCGCAAUAAUAAUUGAAAUACGA